GAUUUACGAUGAUGGCCGUACGUAAAUCAAGUGCGCUUUUCAGUUUAUUGGCCAUUAUUUCGGCGCUCGCUGGUCUUGCAAAUGCCGACUACGAAAUAGGCGUAGGAAUCGCCGACUGCACUGGACCAACUGCAGAAAUCAAUUUCAUGGGAUAUGCGAAAGGGACGCAAAAAGGACAAGGAUUGCAUCUGAGGCAGUUCGCAAGAGCGUUCAUCAUCCAGGACUCCGAGAACAGGAUUGUAUUCGUUACGGCUGACGUUGGAAUGAUUGGAAUCGGAGUCAGACGAGAGGUUCUCAAGAGGUUGAGCGAAAACUACGGAGACAUCUACAACGAGCAGAACGUCAUCAUCAGCGGAACGCACACGCACGGCGGUCCAGGCGGUUUCCUUAUGGACGUCAUCUUCGACAUCACCUGUUUGGGCUUCUCCCGUGAGACCUUCAACGCUUACGUCGAUGGAAUUGUUAAUUCUAUUAAAGCCGCUCACGAGCACAUCGUUCCUGGAAAGAUCUUCAUUGGAUCCACUCAGAUCCUCGACGCCAGCAUAAACCGCAGUCCUUCAGCUUACCUUUUGAACCCGCAAUCCGAACGCGACGAAUACGAGCACGAUGUUGACAAAGAGUUGGUUCAACUGAAAUUCGUCUCUUCCGUCGAUAAUUCUCCAAUUGGUGUGAUCAAUUGGUUCCCAGUUCACGCCACUUCCAUGAACAACACCAAUCAUCUAGUUUCAUCAGACAACGUCGGAUACGCAUCCAUUCUAUUCGAGAAGAAACUCAACAAGGGCGCCUUGCCAGGAAAAGGAAAAUUUGUAGCUGGUUUUGCGUCGAGUAACUUAGGAGACGUAUCGCCGAACAUCAAGGGUGCGAAAUGCAUCAACACGGGAGAACCUUGCGACAGAGAUUCGAGCACGUGCGGCGGUGAAGCCAAGUAUUGCAUCGCUUCAGGACCUGGUGAAGACAUCUUCGACAGCACCAAAAUCAUAGCCAACAGAAUCCUUAGCAAAGCCACCGCCCUUUUUGAUACCAACGAUUCGACUGAGGUGACCGGACCGAUUCGCAGCAUCCAUCAGUACGUGGACAUGCCCAAACAGGAAAUCGAGUAUCAGAUGCACAACGGAACAGUACAAAAGGUGAGAGGGUGUAAACCUGCCAUGGGUUACAGUUUUGCCGCAGGUACCACAGAUGGACCCGGAGAGUUCGAUUUCAAACAGGGUACGACCACAACGAACGAGUUCUGGAACUUCGUCAGGGAUUUCCUCGCGCCGCCCACAGACGAAGACAUCUCUUGUCAAUCACCGAAACCCAUCCUCUUAGCAACUGGAAGGAUGAUUAAGCCCUACCAAUGGCAGCCGGAGAUCAUCCCGACGCAGGUGGCUAUGAUCGGCGAUGUUGUAAUCGCUGCUUUACCCGGCGAAUUCACCACGAUGUCCGGAAGGAGGAUGAAGAAGGUCAUCAAGGAAACGGUGCUCGAGAACGGCGGGUCAGAGGACACCAAGGUCAUCCUCGCAGGUCUCUGCAACGUGUACACUGAUUACAUUACAACACCCGAGGAGUACCAAAUGCAACGUUAUGAAGCUGCCUCGACGAUCUACGGCCCUUACACCCUGCCCAUCCAUCUGAAUCAAUACAAAUUGUUGACCGAAGCCCUGCUUAACGAUCAAGAUCUUGGAUCCGGUCCAAACCCACCGGACUUCUCGAAGAAACUCAUCUCGUUCAUUCCUCCCGUAAUCCUUGACCUUCCGGACUACUCGCGCGCUUUUGGAGAAUGCCUCGAAGAACCCAACGAAGAAAUCAAUGUCGGAGAGACGGUUUCCGUGAAAUUCGUCUCCGGACACCCGAGGAACAAUCUGAUGCACGACAAGACUUAUUUGACUGUUGAGAGGCAGGAAGGUGAAGGUUGGAACGUCGUCGCUACAGACGGUUGCUGGGAAACGAAAUUUAGUUGGAACAGAACGUACUUCGCCUCCAGCGAGGUUACAAUCGAUUGGGAAGUAACUGAUGAGGUGAAAGCGGGAACAUACCGCAUCCAGCAUUUCGGGCAUUCCAAAUCCCUCUUCGGCGGGAUCAAACCGUACCGCGGAACCACGAGACCCUUCAAAGUGGUCCAUUAAAACUGUACACCAUCAAAUGUGAUUUACGACUUGCCUAUGCAUUUAUCAAUAAAGAAUAACAAUUAAAAAUAAA